CUCCACCAUGUAUAAAAUCUUAUCACUUUGACCAUAAAUGUGCAUGCAUAUGAAAUGAUGAAGUAAUUGGAGACAGAGGUCCAGUGUUUGAAAACUUGAAGGACAGAAAUUGAAUUUGGAUGAGGAAUGUAUAAUGAACUUUUGAUAUGCAAAAAAAAGUCCUGUCAUGGAGCAGAAUACUACAGCUCAGCAGUGGUGUUGGUGUGUGAUAGUAUUUUUCAUUUUCCUUGGUGAACACAAACACAUCUUCAACAUGCCUUUUAUGGUUGGCCGAGCACCAAUUAGGAGGACAAAGGAAUAUUUAGAAAAAGGGCGACUUGUAUUUAAGGACAUGGUUAAGGUGGUGACAAUCAACUAUAACACUAAAGGCAAUGCCCAUGAAGGAGCAAGGGACUUUGUAUUCUGGUACCUUCCACAGAUUAUGUAUAAAAAUCCCGAUGUUCAGAUUAUUGGGCUGAAGAACAUGACUCCUACACCUUUCAUCCGAACUUGGCUGGACAGUGGAGCAGAGGUUCUAAUGGAUAUUGACAGUAAAAAUAAGGAUGAAAUACUAAGUCACUUGACAAGAAUCUUGGGAAAAUCAGAGAAAACAUUAGAAGAAGAAGCAAUACAGAAAGAAAAAAAAGAUAAUCCAGCAAAUUUUGGCAGAGGUUGUGAUCGUCACUGCAUCUGUGAGAUACCCGGGCAAGUCCCUUGUCCAGGAGUUGUACAGCUUCCCAAAUCCAUGCGUGGAAAAUUCAACAAUUUUGGAUUAAAUAAAAGUUAAGUCUGACUAACAUUGGCAUUGUACAAAUGUCUACAAGUUAGUACUGAAAGAAUGGCAGUGUCAGAUGUAGGUGGGUUUGCAGUUGUAUUUUUACUUUUAUAAUGUUAUCUGAAAACCACAGACUGAAAAUACCGACAAUUUUAAAAUUGUUUACCUUUGUUUAAUGGU